AGACCGAGACGGACACGGACACGGACGGACGACUACUCGGGGGAUUUGUAAACAGUUCGCAGCUUCUUAGCGAUCGUUUUUUCGGCUUUCGCUUUAAUUUGGCCCGAUCCGACGGCACUAACAGUUCGGCCACCGCCACGCACAGUCGGUCGAGAGUGAAAAGCGGAUUUUCCGGGAAACGCGUCCGCUGCCUGGAGUCACAUCUUGAAUGAGUGCUGAAAAACUGAUAAAGUAUAGAAAAACGCUGCUUGUGAAAAUAGUAAAAUGCCCACGGUUCGCGUGUGCUUGCAAUGGACCUCUGUGGUCUUCAGUACAAUUACGUUGAUCGUUGGCAUCCUGGCGGCCCUGGCCGGUGUCUAUGAGCUGGAAAAAUACGAUGAGGGCUCCGCGGAGCACUUGGAAAAGUUCGUCCAACUGGGCAUGGCAGGCGCUUUGAUCUUGGCCGGACUGAUCGGCUGUCUGGGCGCUAUCCUUGGUUCCAUCAAGGUGAUGGUGUUGAACCUUGUUGUGCUUCUGAUUCUGAUAGUCUCACACAUCUGGAAAGUGUCUCACUACAACGAGACCAAGCAGCUGGACGCCACGGAGGUAUACGUUAUGGAUCUCUGGAUGAAGGAGCUUGGCCACAACGGCGCUAUGCAGAACUUGCAGCAGGAGUACGAGUGUUGUGGCGACAAGGGAUUUUCCGAUUACACGAGCCUGAACAUGAAGGUUCCGCGCAGCUGUUUCCACACAAAGGACGGGCUUCAUGCCCUUUAUCCUUAUGGGGAGGGCUGCAUGGCUGCCGUGAAGAGAGCGUAUCUAGAGAUCUACCGGUACGAGAGGUUGGUCCACUGUGGGCUUAUUGGCUACGAGGUAGUAGGCAUCAUCUUGGGCAUCACCCUCUGCUGCCAGUUGACCAACAAGACUCGUCGCUACACCUACUGAUUACCAAUGACAUUUAUACAUAAGCAUUUGCCACUUGGAUUUACAAUAAACAACACAUUUGAUAAGAUCUUAAA